AUGAGGUUGCUGCCCAAGGCACUUUGCUUGCAGCUACAGCAGCUCUUGCGACUCCAAGGCCAAACGUGUUCACGCCUAUUUUUAAGUCAACUUCGAUGGCCGUUUCUUUGCCUGCGGCUCAGCCUAGCGAGACAGUCGAAAGAGCAGUUGAAGAAAUGGCAGAUGUUGAAGACAUUGAGAGUGCGAAAGAAGAGAUGGACGAUGAAGCCACCUGACUUGAGCCUGUUUGGCGAGGACGCAGUUAGAAUGGGAUGUGUGCAGAUUGAAAGCUCUAGUGAGAGUGAUGAGAGCUCUGGUUCUGAUUCAUCGUCAAGUGAAGUUCAGGUGCAGCAGCGAGAUGCGGACGCAUACUGCGAGACCGUUCCAGAGGGCGAGACCUUUUUCAGACAUGCGAAGACCUCAAGGGUUCAUCGUCAAAACGACCACAGAGUGUGGCAAGAAGCUCAGUGA